GAGCCGGGGACAGGUUCUGUUGCUUUUAUUAGGUCAGGAAGGCUCCUGCAGGAUCAUUACAUUGUUCCCUGCCCUGAGAAUCAAUGCAGAAAGAUAUCCAGGCAGAAGUUCUGGUGACCUAAGUGGGUUUUAUGGGGGAAUUCAUGAUGGGCAUCUCUCCCACCAUUUGGGGGAGAGAUUCUUGCCAAUUGGUGAGAGCUCCAGCACACAUGGAAGUGAUUCUGCUCUGCUCUCAGCAUUAUACCAAGGUGUUCUGGGCAGCCUGAGCACUGGUAGCAGUGCAGUACACUGCAGCAUUACUCAAAUGAAAUGGAUUGCCCCUUGACUCCUAUUUACUUUAGAGCCUUUGGUGCAGUAGGGGAUUGCUUGGUGUUAUUUUGUAGACACUUACUGUAUGACCCAAAGGGGUCGUUAUGGAGAGAUGCUUGCUUUCUUUUGCAAAGUCAAGGAUAAAGGAGUUUUUCUUUUGUGAGGCCCAGUUUUGCACAGAAUUCCCCAUAAACUUGCUGCAGUUAGUGUUUUAUGGCUACAUCUAUUAUAUUCCUAUCUGGAAAUUAGGCAACAUCCGCAGUGAUACAGCUUGUGUAACUGUUCAUUAAACUUUUACUUUUCCCCCAGUAUGCAGUCAUAGAAAGCAAGUCUGUGUGUUUGAAUUAUUGAGGUUUUUUUUUUUCUUACUUUAAAAGGAUCUGAAAGCAGACAUAGCUUAGCCACAAGGUAUUAAUAAUGUUGCUGGGGCUUUGACUUUCUCAUGUGCUUCUUUCACUUCUAUUCAGACAGGAGGGGGAAUUGAUCAAAUUAUCCUAUAGACAGUGACAAAUAGAAGUUCUAGCAGAGAUCACACACAAAAUCCUUGUUUUAGUCUAAAAGCUGUUUGAUUAAAUAGACUUAUGUGUAUAGUGAGCUAUCUUGAUAACUGCUCUGUACUCUGCACAGGGCAGGCUACAGAGUUUAAUUUGAGAUUGUUUUGUUUAACUGCUCUGUGGAAAGCCCUGAUGUUCAUCUGUACACAUGGGGGAGAGUGACAUGAGGCAUGGGGUAAUCUAUUCCUAUAUUAAUUUUUUUCCAUUUGUCUUAGAAAUGGCAUUUCUUGUGUGUGUGACUUGACUCUUAGUUUGGAGGCCAGUCUGGUUGCUGUUUUCAUGUCUCUGCUCAACCCAAAGCCCAACUUUGGUAGAACAGUUCCUUUCUAGAAGAGAGGAUAGACACAGUGAAGAUAACUGUAUUCCUCUUCCCCGGGAUGCUGCUCUGCUGUAAGAGGAAGCUGUAGCGGCAUGAGUGAUAUGACCUGCAGCCAGAGGAGUACUGCACAUUCUCUUCAGUCUCGGGGAGGCUUUCUGUCCUCUUUUCUCUCCCAAAACAAAAAAGGCCCUUCCAGACCAGUCCAUCCAAGUGGGGCUUCUCCAACACAGACUGGCAGUAUGCUGCUAGGGAAGAAAGAACCAGCAAAUCACCAGAGUGCCAAAGGAAAAGAAGGAACAGUCAUCUGUAAGGAUGGGAAGAGCCACUUCAGUGGGUUUGUAGCAGGCGAGUCAAGUUCCCUGCAGCAGCGGCAGAAGCGCUUGCAAGAGCAUGGGAAGGAAAGGAAGGAACUGCUGUCGAAAGGGACCUUCCAGGGCCAAAGUGCUGAGAAGAAAACAGAUAUUAGCACAGCUGAGACAGAGCCAUGUUCAGAGCUGCAUGUUGAGCAAACAGAGACUUCAACCAAAAUGCCUGCCGGCAGUGCAGAGGCUGUGGCAGUCCGGCAGGAGCAGCCUUUCAUUGUCCUGAGCCAGGAGGAGUAUGGGGAGCACCACUCAUCCAUCAUGUACUGCAGGGUUGACUGUUCUGGACGGAGGGUGGCCAGCUUGGAUGUGGAUGGGGUCAUCAAAGUCUGGUCUUUCAACCCCAUAAUGCAAACUAAAGCUUCAUCCAUUUCUAAAUCUCCAUUGCUGUCUCUGGAAUGGGCGACCAAGCGUGAUCGGCUGCUAUUGCUUGGCAGUGGGGUCGGGACAGUUCGUCUUUAUGACACAGAAGCGAAGCAGAAUCUCUGUGAAAUCAGCAUUGAUGAAGACAUGCCCAGGAUCCUCUCACUUGCCUGCAGCCCAAGUGGUGCCUCCUUUGUCUGUUCUGCGGCAGCCCAGAGCCCCAUCUCCCACAUGGACUUCUCAGCAGUCAGCUAUGGGGGCAAAAGCAUGAACCAAGUUCCUGGGAAGCUGCUGCUGUGGGACACUAAAACGAUGAAGCAGCAGCUGCAGUUCUCCCUUGAGCCUGAGCCCAUUGCUGUUAACUGUACAGCCUUCAAUCACAAUGGCAACCUGCUGGUCACCGGGGCUGCAGAUGGGAUUGUUCGUCUCUUUGAUAUGCAGCAGCAUGAGUGCGCCAUGAGCUGGAAGGCACACGAUGGGGAAGUCUACUCUGUUGAAUUCAGCUAUGAUGAGAACACAGUCUACAGCAUAGGCGAGGAUGGCAAGUUUAUUCAGUGGAAUAUUCACAAAAGUGGCUUGAAGGUGUCUGAGUAUGAUCUUCCUAGUGAAGCUACAGGUCCUUUUAUUCUGUCUGGAUACAGUGGCUACAAGCAAGUCCAGUUCCCAAGAGGAAGGCUUUUUGCUUUUGACUCUGAGGGCAACUAUAUGUUGACGUGUUCUUCUACUGGGGGAGUAAUUUUUAAGUUAAAUGGUGAGGAAAAGGUUCUGGAGAGUUCCCUUACCCUGGGAGGACACCGAGCUCCCGUUGUCACAGUGGAUUGGAGCACGGCCAUGGACUGUGGGACCUGCCUCACUGCUUCUAUGGAUGGGAAGAUUAAAUUAACAACCUUACUGGCUCAAAAGUCUUAACCUGGACAGUAGUGAAGCAAAAGAUCAAGAAGACAAAAACAGUGUUAACUCCACAGGAACAAACUGCAUGGGAGAGAAGGCAAACCACAGUCCCUCUUCUCACUGUAGCUUUUGCCUCUUGACAGAUGUUAAAAACAUUUGCCAAACCACUGUGCAAUAGAAUGCUGGUAUGGGACAGGAUCAGUGGCAGCACUGAAAAAUAAGUCUCUACUGACCCACUGUGGCAGCUGGAUUCCUUCUGUUAGGGAGUCUUGAGUAGCAUGUGGCUACAGGGCUGCUAGGAUCAUGUCAGGGGUUCUGCAGAAGGUGAGGCUGGAGGAGGCAUGCAUGAGGCAGCACAGUGCACGGUGAUAAGAUGGCUCAAACUGGAAAGGCUGGUGUGAAACUAGAGUAUACGUUCAGUAUAGUAUUUCUUGUGGCUUUUGCUGUUAGUUUGGAUUUUUUGUUUGUGUUUUCUGUAAAAAGACAAUAUUCCCUUGCACUUGAUUCCUGUGCUCAGUUUUUGCUGCAAAACAUGGAGGGUGGCUGGGGCAGUGAUGUGCCAAGAAAGUCUCCUUCAUGGAGAUGCCUGUGCUUUCACCAGGUACUUCCAGCACUGACACCUGCAUGCUGGUAGGAACCAGUGCAAGACAUCCAGGAAGAAAAACAGCUAGUGUCUGUUCAGAUGUAUUGUGUUUCCUUGUGAUAGAUAUCUACUGCCAAUUAGAGGAGAGAUCAUGA